AUGGAGAAGGAUACGCACUCAGUGGUAGUUGGAGAUGCAUCCAGCAGCAGCUCACCCUCACCGACCACCGUCAGCCAAUCCAAACAUGCGGGCAUGGAUUCUGCACUGGCAUACAUCCAGAAUGCCGGAAGCAAUGGAGACGAGGCAACGGGGGCGAGUGACAAGUCUCUGCUGAGGAAGAUCGAUUGGAGGAUUGUUCCCAUCAUGUUUGCAUGUUACACUAUGCAGUUUGUUGACAAAGUACUCAUCAAUUAUGCGGCUGUCAUGGGACUGCCAAAGGACCUGAAGCUAGUGGGUAAUCAGUUUACGUGGGCUGCAACUUCUUUUUUCAUUGCCUACUUGGUUGCGGAAAUCCCCACCGGAUACUUUCUUCAGAGGGUGCCGGCGGCAAAGUAUUUGGCCAUCAAUGUAGCACUUUGGGGCGUUGCUACUGGCUGCACCGCAGCUUGCAAGAGCUUCACAGGUCUUCUUGUUGCAAGAAUCUUCCUAGGCAUAUUCGAGGCUGCAAUUGCGCCUUGUCUCACCAUUAUCACUAGUAUGUGGUACACCAAGAAGGAGCAGCCCGCCCGCUUCGGGUUCUGGUACUGCGGACUCGGGCUCGGCCAGAUCGUCGGCGGCAUAAUCUCCUACGGCUUUCAGCACGUCAAGAACGCCUCGCUCGAAGGCUGGCGAGUCAUGUUUAUUGUCCUUGGGCUCGUGACCGUACUCAUCGGCGUUUGGACAUUCUUCUGCCUCCCCGACACCCCUAUGAGCGCAAACUUUCUCGAGGAGAGGGAGAUCGUUCGGGUACUGGAGCGGGUCAGCGAGAACCAAACCGGCGUGGAAAAUAAGAAGUUCAAGAUGUCGCAGGCGGUAGAAUUAGCAAAGGAUCCGCAGAUCUAUCUUAUGCUUAUGAUCACUGUUUUGUGUUCGGUUUCAAGUGGUGUUAUCACAACUUACUCGGCAACCCUGAUCAAGAACUUUGGCUACACGUCGCCCAUUGCGGCCCUGCUCAACAUGCCCUCUGGCAUCAUCAGCAUCGGAGUCACCAUCCUCUCCGGUAUUGCAGUGGGUAUGAGCUCAAACAGGUGGUUGUGGAUCGCCGGCUUAGCUGUUCCGGGAGCUCUUGGUGGAGCCUUGAUGUCGUUCCUGCCAAAUAGUAACAAGGGUGGUCUUUUAGCGGGUAUCUAUUUGGUCAAUUCGAUCGUCGCGGUAUUGAUCAUUGUCUUUAACUGGGCCGCUUCAAACAUUGCCGGACACACGAAGCGGUCUAUCGCCACGUCUCUGAUUGCGGGUGCUUUUUCAAUUGGAAAUAUCAUUGGCCCUCAGACUUUCCAGGCAAAGGACGCGCCAAACUUUUAUCCUGCAAAGAUUGCGGUUCUUGUUACCCAGGCCGGUGCAGCACUAUUUGCGGUCCUGCUGAGGUUCUACUAUAGCUACCAGAACAGCUUGAAGGAGAAGUGUUCGCAAGAGUUAAACGAGCAAACUGAUGACACUAUUUCUGAGGAAUUCAAAUGGGGAAACAUGACUGAUAGGGAGAACACCCGGUUCCGUUAUGUCUACUAA